UAAAAAUUUUAUUCGUGUACUUAGAAAAAUGCCAAAUUUUGAUUCAAAUCAAAGUGCCGGAAGACAAUAUGUCCCUGUUGCAACUUUUGGGUCAAUAGUCCGGCGAAUAAACUUACAAAAACGCUAUAUUUUAGCGAUAUUAACCAGCAUAGGAUUCGCAUUAGCUUUUGCCAUACGAAGUAAUGAAUGCACCUUCAAAUUAGAUCCUGUGCAUUUAUCCAAUUCAAGAGGAUGGGGUGAAUUAUAUUUUAUGCUUGGCUAUUUCUUUGUUCAAAUACCUUCUGUGAUAUUAAUAAAUCGAUUUUCUCCAUUUAAAAUUUUUGGAUUGUUGAUUUUAUGCAGUACUGUAAUAGGAUUAGGAACACCAAUUUUCGUAAAAUUAUUUCACCAUUCGUGGUUGAUGUACAUUGGAUUUGCGCACGGAUUAUUGCAGGGCUCUGCAUUUCCUGCCGCCCAAGCUAUGUGGCAAUAUUGGGCACCUCCAAUUGAACGAUCUACUAUAAUAUCAAUUGCGUAUUCUGGAUGUUUUUUUGGUGUAGCAAUCGGUGCAGAAUUUUCGAAUUUAGUAUGUGAUUUACUUCCCAGUGAUAAUGUUUUAAUUGUUUAUGGUUUACUUGGUAUUGUGUGGUUUGUUUUAUGGACAUGGUCAAUUUAUGAAAAUCCCUCCGCACAUCCGACAAUCACUGAUGCUGAGUUACAAUUUCUGAAGCAAUCAAUUGGAAACUAUAUCACAACAAAUAAUACUCCAACUUCAAUACCUUGGAAAGAAAUUUUUAGCUCAAAAUCAACGUGGGCCUUAUUUGCGGCAAUGUUUUGUCGAUCUUGGACAUCUUUGUAUUUGAUUCAAGGAGAUUUCUCAGAAAUGGAUUUUAUACAUGAAUAUAAUACUUGGUAUGUAAGCUAUCCAGCUGGUGCCAUUGCAAUUUGCUUACCAAUAGUUGGAUUUUUGGCGGAUUUGUUAUUGACAAAAACAUCCAAAUCAGUUGCAUAUAUUCGACGAUUAUAUAUUUCCGGUGGUUUUUUCGUGCAACUUUUGAUAUUUAUACCGGGAAUUUUCGAAUUUAAACACGUAGGGCCACUAUUUUUAGAUGUAUUAUUGAGUUGCAUUCUUUAUAGUUUUAUUAUAUGUGGAUUUUUUACUAAUCAUGUGGAUGUUGCACCAAGGCAUGCACAUGCCACAAUGGCAGUUUCAAAUAUGAUGAAUGUAGUUGCAACAUUUUUACUUUGGACAACAUUUAUGGGAAUUGCAUUUGAAUACCAUGAAGACGAUACCACAUAUCAACCGAAAACAGUCGAAGAAUUUUUCUUACUUGCAGCACUUUUUCAUAUUAUUGGCGGGCUUACUUAUUAUUUUUGUGGAUCCGGACAGACUGAAAGUUGGUCAAAGCCAGAGACUGAGGCCGAAGACAAUCGAGCUGUUUCUUUUUCAAAUAAUUCAAUUGGUGUAUAAAGUUUUUCUAAAUAAAAGUAUAUAUAUUUUUUAAAUAAAUUUUUAUUUUGUCUAAUUUCUGACCCUCAUGAUAAAACAUACAGGUUGAUUAUUCAAA